AUGUCCGGACAAUCACCACGCCUUGGGCACAUCGCGCUCACAGCGCAAUCACAACCGGCAGAGCCAACAUUACCCAGGACUAGCAAGGAUACACAUCCUUCAAGGAAACCAACGCACCAUCCAUCGGCCACCUUACAGACGCAUACACCAGCCGCCGCACAGGCGCAUCCAUCACCCGCCUCACAGACUCAUCCACAAGCCGCCUCACAGGCGCAUCCACAAGCCGCCUCACAUGCGUAUCCACCAGCCGCCUCACAGGCGCAUCCACCAGCCGCCGCACAGGCGCAUCCUCAAGCCGCCUCCCAGGCGCAUCCACAAGCCACCGCACAGAAGCAUCCACCAGCCGCCUCACAGGCUCCUCCGCUAGCCGCCUCCCAGGCGCAUUCACAAACGCAUCCACCAGCCGCCUCACAGGCGCCUCCGCAAGCCGCCUUCCAGGCACAUCCACAAGUCGCCUCACAGGUGCAUCCACAAGCCGCCUCACAGGCGCAUCCACAAUCCGCCUCACAGGCGCACCCACAAGUCGCCGCACAGACGCAUCGAUCUGCCACAUCACAGACGCAUCCACCACCCGCCGCACAUGCGCAUCUAUCACCCGCCUCACAGGCGCAUCCACAGGCCGCCUCACAGGCGCAUCCAUCGGUCAGCUUACAGACGCAUCCACCAGCCGCCGCACAGGCGCAUCCAUAA